UUUGCCUCAAAACCUCCGAUUCUGCUCUCAAAAGAACCAAAAUUCUACAACCAGAGUGAUUUAAUAUACAAAUGCUUGUGUUUGCAGGCUAAUAAAUGGCAGGUGAACCUGUUAAUGUGAAUGAAUUUGAAGAGCUAGCUAGGAAAGUUCUUCCAAAGAUAUACUAUGACUUCUUUUCUGGAGGAGCUGAGGACCAGUAUACACUCAAAGAAAAUAUUGAAGCAUUUCGUAGAAUCACUAUCCGGCCAAGAAUACUUGUUGAUGUGAGCAAAAUAGACAUGUCAACUAUUAUACUCGGUCACAGGACAUCAGCUCCAAUUAUAGUUGCCCCAACUUCGUCGCAUCAAUUGGCACAUCCUGAAGGAGAAGUUGCAACAGCUAGAGGUGCUGCAGCAUGUAAUGUUAUAAUGGGAGUGGCAUUUACGUCAACAUGCACAAUGGAGGAGGUUGCUUCAAGCUGCAAGGCUGUUCGCUUCAUUCAGACUUUCGCUUUCAAGAGAGAGAUAACAGCAAAUAUGGUACAGAGAGCUGAACGCAAUGGGUUCAGGGCUAUAAUUCUCACUGUUGAUACUCCCAGGCUAGGUAGAAAGGAGGCAGUUAUAAAGAAUAAGAUGAUUGCACCUCCUUUCAAGAACUUUGAAGGUCUUAUAUCAACUGAAGUUGUUUCUGACAAAGGCUCAAAUGUUGAAGCUUAUGCUGCAGAAACUCUUGAUCCUUCGUUUUGCUGGAAGGAUAUAGCAUGGUUAAAAUCAAUUACCAAGUUGCCAAUUCUGAUUAAGGGUGUUCUCACUGGUGAAGAUGCAACCAAAGCAAUUGAAGCAGGAGUUGCAGGAAUAAUCGUCUCUAACCAUGGAGCUCGGCAGCUGGAUUACACUCCAGCUACUAUUUCUGUUCUUGAUGAGGUGGUCCAUGCUGUUCAAGGUAAAGUUCCAGUUCUUUUCGAUGGAGGAAUUAGGCGAGGAACAGACAUAUUCAAGGCAUUAGCACUAGGCGCAAAAGCUGUUCUGAUUGGUCGACCAGUCAUCUAUGGUCUGGCUGCUAAGGGGGAGACUGGGGUAAAGCAAGUUAUAGAAAUGCUCAAGAAUGAAUUGGAGCAGACCAUGGCUCUUGCUGGCUGCUGCACUGUGGAUGACAUUACCAGAAGCCAUGUUUUUACAGAGACAGAAAGGUUCCUAUGUAGGAUGUAGUUUAAUCCUAUGUUCCUCUAAAUAAACGGCUUAUUAGCCCCAAACUCUACAAUCAUGUCACAUCUUGCUUUCUAAUAAUCCUCUGUGUAGUGGCAUUUCUGCUCCUCUCCAAUAACUAAAUCCUUGUAUAGGAUUGUGCUAAUUUCCUUAUGGUACCUGCAGUGGCGUAGCCACAUACAAUAAAGGUUCAUCUGUUGAACACCUUUCAUCAAAAAAUUAUACUUAACUGUAUACAUCAAAAGUUAUAUUCUAUACAUAAAUAUUAAAUUUUAGUGAAAUUUAUGACUUCGUAAUUAGGUACCUGCACUUUCCGGUGUGAGACACUUCAUAUUUUAAAAUGUCAACUAUAUAGAUUCUGGACCAACCACUCCCUCUGGUUGACACUGAAGGAAAGUAGAACACUAUACACGCAAAGGCAUUGAAAUAUAUGCACCUAUUUUAGAUAUAUAUAAAACUCAAUAUCCGCUAUGAAUGACCACACUAAACCAACAGGGGCAUGGCAAGUGUUUGCUCAUAGUCUUGAACUAACUUUUGUGGUUGAGUUAAUCAAAAACUCAUUUCUUUAUUAGACUUCACCCUGUGUUACACCAGGGCCAAUA